ACGCGUCGUACGUUAAGUUUUUAAAACACUUGCGUCUGUGAUCCAUUAAAGUACAAUUAUUACUAGUUGAAAAAAAAGGCCAUUUCCAGCGGUACGAUUGAAGUCCUUUCUCCAAAUAUGUUGAAAGAAACAAUAACCAAAGAUUUUUGGAUCUGCAUGGCAGCUGAAUUUCUUGCGACGUUCUUCUUCGUGUUCUUGACGACUGGUUCAGCGAUAACCUGGGAUCCUAGCCGUCCACCAACCACUGAACACAUCUCGCUGUCAUUUGGUCUUAGCAUCUCUACCUUAGCCAUGUCGAUACUCCACAUUAGUGGGGGUCUCAUCAACCCUGCUGUUAGCGCAGCACAGACUGUGACCGGAAAGAUCUCUCCAGUCCGAGGUGCUUUCUACAUAAUCGUCCAAGUCAUAGGAGGCUCUGCGAACAACAACAUCGUUGGAUGACGCAGGAUGGACAAUUGACCCUUUCAAAAGUUGCCUUGGAUGCGAGGCUAACGUAAAAAAAAGUGGAAAUACAAAAGAAAUGCCAUAAAUUCCAUCAAGGAAAAGUGUGAUUUCCGUUUGUAUUUUCAUGUCAGCGUCGCACUCAAGACAAUUUUAAGAAGGGUCUGAUUCCCCCUAAAGAGACUGCAUCAGUUGACAAAGUUAAUGUGCAAGUUUUUUGUGUGGAGAUGAAGAUAGUUAAUAAAGCCCUGCAGCACCCCUUGUGGUAAUUUAUGCUUGCAGCAUUGCCGACAAGUCUGAGAUAAUGUUGUUUAAGCCGUGACGACGUGAUCACAGCACAUGGCGAAUAAUUACUGAAACUCGUCACGUGUAGUCAAGCGAGCAGAAUAUGAGCUAUAAUGGGAAUUUGCAAAAAAAAAAUAAUAAUAAUAAAUAAAAAAUUA